CCUGACCAGCCUAGGCCUUCGCAGCCGCCGCCGCCGCCGCCGCCGCCCCCGCCGCCUGACCAGCCUAGGCCUUCGCAGCCGCCGCCGCCACUGCCUGACCAGCCUGGGCCUUCGCAGCCGCCGCCGCCACUGCCUGACCAGCCUGGGCCUUCGCAGCCGCCGCCAGAGCAUCCGUGAGUCAUUUUCUGCCUAUCUCUGGGUGCACUAUCUCUGCUGUUGUCACCACUUAAAGAAGUGUGCGGGGCUUAGCAUCAUGGCAGAAGCAGAUCCUAAAAUGGUCACAGAUCCUGCUGCCCAAGAGGUUGCUGAAGAGGCUAUGGCAAACUCAGCUAGUGAUUCUGGGGAAGAAUCUGACAGCAAUAGCUCUAGCAGUACUACUAGUUGCAGCAGCAGCCGCAGCAGCAGCAGCAGCAGCAGUAGCAGCAGCAGCAGCAGCAGCAGUAGCAGCAGCGGCAGCAGUAGCAGUGGAAGCAGCAGCAGUGGCAGUCAAGUAUACCGAAAGAAAAGGGUACCUGAGCCUGCCAGAAGGGCCCAGCGGCAUCCCUCCGGGAAACAUUUCUUGGAUAAGCUGCCUCAGGCAGUGAGAAAUCGUGUGCAGGCACUCAGAAAUAUUCAGGAUGAGUGUGACAAGGUAGACACCUUGUUCUUAAGGGCAAUUCAUGAUCUUGAAAGAAAAUAUGCUGAACUCAAUAAGCCUCUGUAUGAUAAGCGUUUUCAGAUCAUAAAUGCAGAAUAUGAGCCUACAGAAGAAGAAUGUGAAUGGAAUUCAGAAGAAGAGUUCAGCAGUGAUGAGGAAAUGCAGGAUGACACACCUAAUGAAAUGCCACCCUUAGAGGGUGAAGAGGAAGAAGAAAGCUGUAAGGAGAAAGCCGAAGUGAAAGAAGAGGAAAAGGAUAUUCCAAAAGAAGUUCUUGAGGCAAAAGUUGAUGAAGAAGAGGCUCCCAAAGAAAUUCCUGAUGUGAGAACUGAAGAAAAAGAAAUUCCAAAAGAAGGUGCUCAAGAAAAAGUUGAAGAAAAGGAAGCCUCUGAAGAAAUUCCUGAGGAAAAGGAUGACGGAAAAGGAGACUCUACAGAUUGUAUAGAGAUAACUCCUGAAGAAAAGGAAGACCUCAAAGAAGUUCCCCAGGCAAAUGCAGAAAAUAAGGAUCAGCCUACAGAAGAAUCUAAUCCAAAGGCUCCAGUGAGAGAGGCUCAAAAAAGAGUUCCUGAGACAAGGCCUGAAGGAGGAGUGAAUGUUAAAAGGGCUCGGAAGAGAAAACCUAAGGUAGAAGAUCCUAAAGGUAUUCCUGAUUACUGGCUGACUGUUUUAAAGAAUGUUGAUAAGCUUGGGCCUAUGAUUAAAAAGUGUGAUGAGCCAAUUUUGAAGUUCUUAUCUGAUGUUAGCCUGAAGUUCUCAAACCCUGGCCAGCCUAUAAGUUAUACCUUUGAAUUCCAUUUCCUACCUAACCCAUACUUCAGAAAUGAGUUCCUGAUGAAGACAUACAUAAUAAGGUCAAAACCAGAUCACUAUGACCCUUUUUUCGCUUGGGGAUGGGAAAUUGAAGAGUGCAAAGGCUGCAAAAUAGAUUGGAGACAAGGAAAAGAUGUUACAGUGAAAACCACCAGGAGUCGCUCAGCAGCUACUGGAGAAAUUGAAGUCCAGCCAAGAGUGGUUCCUAAUGCAUCCUUUUUCAAUUUCUUUACUCCUCCUGAGAUUCCUUUGAUUGGGAAACUGGAACCAAAAGAAGAUGCUAUCCUUGAUGAGGACUUUGAAAUUGGUCAAAUUUUGCAUGAUAAUGUCAUCUUGAAGUCAAUCUAUUACUUCACAGGAGAAAUCAAUGAUCCCUACUACCAUGAUGUCAGGGAUUAUGGAAACCGGAAGUACUACAAGUGAAAAGGGUGAGCCGAAAUAUUUUUCAAGAAUCUUUAAAAGUCAAGCAAGCAGAAGUGAAAUAGAUUCACCUAACCUUAUAAAAGAUAAAACUUGCCCUAUAUUCUGAACACUAUUAUUUCUUGUAGUCUGGUGUUUUCAUUUUUGCUGGUAGUGUCCUAAAUGCUGUCUUAAGCAUCUGUUUAUUUUACCUUGCCUGGUGUAUUAUAAUAUUCUUCAAAAUAUGUAAAUUGCUGCUAAUUUGCAAUGCAUGUUUUGUUUGGUGCUAAAGUGUUGUUUUUGUGAAGUCCUUUUGUCAUGUUCCUACUAGAUUGUACUUGUGAAAAUUGUCAUACUUGUUAGACAAAUCCUUGCCUGAAAAAGCAAAACUUUAAAUGCCAAUGUAGGUCUUUUUUAUCUUUUUUUCUUUCAGCCCAGAAGACUAAGGACUUAAAUCUGCUUGCACUAGUUGUGCCUUCAUUAAUUUGCCAUAGAAAUGUAAUAGUAAUAACAACUAAAAUAUUCUAUUGUGAAAUAUAGUUGCUUGAAGAAAAGAUGAUAAUAUAUUUUAAAAUGUCUGUCAGGAUCACUUUAGAUUUUUGUGGAUUUGUUUAUGUUAUGUAUUAGUCAAUAAGCUAUUGGUCAAAAAUACUAUUUACCACUGAGGUGUUAAAUAUGAUAUAGUAUUUUAAAAAGUUGCCUCAUUGUAAUUAUGUAACUGAAAAGUGAAAAAAUCAUAUUUUCUUUGUAAUGUGUUUUACUUUGCCUUCAUUGAAAGUUAUUAUAUUAUUUGAUACUUUUUCAUGUUCUUUUAUUGCACUCUAAAUAAAUAAAUAUCAAACUGCCAUGCUAUAAAAA